AUGCCUCAGCCAGCCUUGGAUUACUUACCACCAGAGAUCUUCCUCGCAAUCAGCGAUCUACUCCCUUGGACAGACAAAGUAGCCUUGAGUGUCGCUAACAAGAAAUUACGAAAUCAACUGGUCCCUCAAAUUUUCCGUCACAUCAAGGUUGAUUGUCCCCUGGUCAAAGAGAACAAUCUCCAAUCCGUGAUUCAGUUGCAUGGCGCUCACACAUUAAGCGUACGUCUAUACGUAAAAUUUCAACCCAAUCCGCCCAACUCGAGUCUGGAAGGUACAAAAGUUGAUCCCAGUUCCGAAGAGGCAUGGUACUGGGAUGAUUACCCGGGUUCCGUCUGGGCUCGGGACUCAGACGACAUUCCAGUCAUUCACGAUGUGAUUCAGUUCAAAGGGAUGCCCAAAUGUUCCAUGCUGAGCAUACACACGAAUGGAGAAGAGGACUUUGAGAUUGAUGGAGGUUGGGAUGAGAACGACCUUUCCGAUAUAAGUAUGUAUUUCUGCACCUCGCCGGAAGACUGGGAAACAGUCGAGGAGAAAGAGGAAAUGUACAGCUGGAGACAAGCUUGGAAUACACUCUGGCUUGAUUUGGCCAAACAUGCAAAGACAGAUUCUCUUGAACUGCUUCACUUCCUGCCAAUCAAGGCUUCAUGCUGGUUAGAACCGGAGUGGGCAACUUUUGUGGCACAGUUGAAGAAUCUGACAAUAAGAGCCUAUGGCCAAGAUAACGGAGCUGGAUGGGCAGCCAACACGUUGGACGGUUUCAACUCUUUCUUCAACGAGAUGCCGGAUUUUCUUUUCCAACAUGCAGAGAAUCUAGAGUACCUAUGUAUAGCUGGUCAUGAGGAUGGGCAUCUUGGCGAAAACGCUCUACGCUUCGAGCCAAACACCAUGCCUCAGCUGAAAUCGCUACGGCUAGAGACAAUGAGUACUACUGAAAGCAUGAAGGAGUUCCUGAGUGGAAGUACCCCAAAGCUUGAGUCCAUUCAUAUGUUUAACGUAGCGGCAUGGGCUGACGGGAGUGAGCCUACCUGGGCAGAGUUCUGGGGGGCUGUCCGGCAGGGAAACCCCGCCUUGAGGGAGGUGGUUUACCGAUAUUCGAGGAGCGUCCCCUUGACUGUGGAGGAGUUUAUGAAUGACGACUUUGACCCAACAGAGAUGGAUCCUGAAGAGGUUGCUGAAGUAAGGAAGAAGGUUACUGAUGACCCUGAUCUUGUUAUUUGGCCAUAUGUCACGUCAGAUGACAAGUACGGGGAUGUUCAAGUCUGGGAAGAAACCAUUCUCGAGGCUCUCAAAAAGGGUGACGACAACAAAGAGUAUAAACUAUUGACGGAAGAGAUCAAACAGAGGCUUCAGAGCGCUUCAUGUUGA